AUGGCCAACAGCAUCUGCCCCACGUGCUCCUGCACCGAGAUCGAUGUGGUGGAUGUGAGCGGCGAGGCUGUCUGUGUGAGCUGCGGCACCAUCCUCGAGGAGAACAACAUCGUGUCGUCCGUCGAGUUCCGAGAAUCGGGUGGCGGGGCGCACUCAGCUGUGGGGCAGUUCGUGUCGGCCACGGCCUCGAAAGCGUACGGCAACAUCGGCACCAGCGGUCGCAACUACGGUACGGAGUCUCGCGCCAACACGCUCGCUAACGGCAAGAAGACGAUCCGCCACAUCGCGGGGUUGCUGAGGCUCGGGGAUCAUUACGUGGACUCGUCCUUCCGGCUCUAUGCGCUGGCGCUGCAGCGGAACUUUACGCACGGGCGAAAGAAACAGACCGUCAUCGCCGCCUGCCUCUAUGUCGUAUGCCGACGGGAACGCUCGCCGCACUUGCUAAUCGACUUUUCGGACAAACUCCAGAUCAACGUUUAUGUGCUAGGAGGUGUUUUUCUCAAGUUUUGCAAACUAUUGCAGAUCCAUCUACCGCUCAUUGACCCGUCGCUUUACAUCCACCGUUUCGCCUCGCAACUCAAUUUUGCAGGGAAGACGCACAGCAUUGCCACGACGGCGCUGCGUCUUACGGCUACGAUGAAGCGCGAUUGGAUCGAGACUGGCCGCCGCCCGUCGGGCAUAUGCGGAGCGGCAUUGCUCAUUGCAGCACGUUCGCAGUCGGUCAUGUGUAGUCUGCACGACGUGAUGGACGUCGUUAAUAUAGGAGAGCGGACGCUCAAGCAGCGACUGUACGAGUUCACGCUCACUCCGACAGCGCAAUUGACCUACGAUCAAGUAGGAAAGCUCGAGAUGUCGCGCGUCGAGUGCGAUCCUCCUAGUUUCCAGCGUCACCGCGAAAAGGAAGUGAUGGAAAUGCUACUACUUGAGUCGGAAAAAUUGCCGUCAGAAAAGAGGGAAUGGAAGAGACUUGCAGGAGGACGAAGAAAUGAAAAUGACGAGAGCGAUGAUAAUGAAGACAAAGGCACAGUCUUGGCCAAAGGCUUAUCAAACAAAAAGGUGCAGUGGAUGAAGGAUGAGGAGAUGUCGCUACGCUUGACAAGCGACGUGUACGAUAAAAGUAAACAAGUGGAAACGCUCCUUGUCGGUCGUGGCGUAAUUACUGGCACGAGAAGUUUGGUGGUUGACGCAGAGAGAGUUGGUGAAAAUGAUGAUGAGGACAUUGACUACGGAUUUGACAAUGCAAAUGACCAGAUUGUUAAUCGUGCCAGUCGUUUAGCAGCUCAGGAAGUUUUGCUACGUGUGCGCAAGAAAUCAGCUCGUUACAUAAUGCGCAAGCGCGACGAAGCAGAAUUCUACCAGACGAUCGAGCGCGAUCUUACGAUGGCACUUGAAGAGGACAGCACAGCAGCAAAUCUGAGCCGAAUAGGAAAGGAAAAGCAACUGGACGAUAUCGAAGGUGAAACGCGGCAAGGUACUAGUUUAGAUUCUUCAGCUGAAAACAGAGCAGAGUUUGCAGCGAAAAAAAGACGAAGGUCAUGUGACUCUGACAAUGGGACACACGAGACAAAGAGGAGGGCAAGAUUUAGCAGUGGUUCAAACAAGGAUGAAGACGAUGCGUGCGAUUUAGAUAGUGAUGAGACACGGGUGAAGGGGCAGAAUUCUGAUGAAAAAGGAGACUCUGAGAAAGAAGCUGCGGACACGUUCUCGGACUUAGAUGACGAUGAAAUCAACUCAUUGUUGUUGACACGAGAGGAGGCAGAAAAGAAAAAGCUGCUGUGGGAGAAGAUGAAUAAGGAAUUCAUACAAGAGCAGGAACAAAAGAGGCUGCUUGGCUUGGCAGCACCUGGUGCCCCGAAGAAGAAAAGGAGAAAGAAAAUUCCGGAUGUGAAUGCUCCACCGCCUGACACGGCGCGACACGCCAUCUAUAAAUUAAAGAGCCGAAGGAUUAACUAUGAAGUCAUCAACGAACUCUUUGGCGAAGCGGCAAGCAACGGCUUAUAG